CUGCUCUCAGGCUUGAUGAGCGACUCCUCCUACGACUUUCGACCUGGGGGGUCGCUCAAACUCAAGGGUGUCGCAGAUGGGGGAAUAAAGAAGAAGAAGAAAAAGUCGAAAACCAAACCUGAGUCUGAGGAGAGGUUGAAAGACCUCAUUCGUGAAGAAGCUGUUGCAUCUGGGAGCAGCCAGCCUGGAAGUGGCAGCAACUCUCCUGCUCCUAGUGCUCCAUCUGACAGAAAGACCGACGCUGAACGUCGAUUCGAACAAAUCCAACGACGCCGUCUUUCUGAAAAGGUGGCGAAAGUUGCUGCAAAGAGCCACAAAGACCGAGUCAGCGAAUUUAACGCUCAUCUCGAAUCCCUCAGCGAGCACCACGAUAUUCCCAAGGUUUUUACACUUUCUACGAUCGUUUUACGAGCUCUGACUCACUUCCGCACUAGGUCGGACCUGGAUAAGGACUCGUUUCGGUGGCUACUUGGAGGUUAUGGAGCAGGAUAUUUGUGGUGGGGCAUGGUUGUAAAUGAACUUGUACAUGGCCUGAAACUCCUUGUGACACUGCGCGAGUCGGAUAGUCGUCACCCAUUCUCCUUGCUUCCCCACAACUUCCACCAACACUUUGCCGGUCGGAUGGCUUCGUCGUCCUCUGCGACCGCCAAAGCCAAUGUAGUCGGACAUGUCUGCCCUCCGACAAGCACCACAUCUCCCUCGACCCACCCCAGUGGCCGAUGGGAAUCGCUUUUCGUCUAUUCCUUCAUCUGCCGGUUCACCAACCUUCGAGAAAAAAUUGAGGGCCUCGAGACACCGAUGGACUUUGAGGAGGCCUUGCUUUCUCAGGAGCCCAAUCCCAUCUUGACUCAAGUACUCGCGGGCUUCAUUCUCAAUCUUCGCCCCCAGACGCGUAACUUGAGCAUUGAUCAAAUAUCCACAACUGUGGCCACCGUCCUUUCCGAGUAUCUCAAAUCUUCUGAGAGAUCUAUAUUCUGGGACGACACGAUUAGAGCCAACAAAGACCCGUUCGAGUCUAUAGACGGCGGCUUCUUUACUGCCGACUGGGAUUUCAAACUCAAAAUCCUUCGACAACUAGUGGAACUUCAAUUGACACACUCUGCCGACGUUAGGGCGACGGUUGAUCGCGCCUGGGGCGUGUCAUCUAACAAGCACAAGAAAAAGGAUGCAACCAGUGCCCCACCUGAGGACUCCGACCCACUUAGUCAGAAACAGCUUCAGCUGGUACCCUUAGGGCAAGACUUGGAACGAACCCGAUACUGGGCUGCUGAUGACUCACCGCGAUUAUAUACUUCGACCAACCCUUGGAAGGUCACUGCAACCUUCCAUAUGGUCACAACAACACUGGACGAAUAUAAGGCAAUUAUCAAGAAGCUCCAGGACGCUAUACCGCCUCAUGGGAAAGGCGAAAAACGGCCCAAGAUGGAGAAAUAUCAUUUACACCUCAUACAAACGCUCGAAAGUCGAACUGAAGCAAUCGAGGCUGAAUUAGUGCGGGUUGAAAAGGCGCGCAAGAAACUAGAGCAGAAACAGGUGGCUCUAGCACGUGCGGCGGAGGCAGAACUAUUGCGGGAAACCCGAACCCGACGACAAACUCGAAAACCCAAUUACGUUUAUUCAGGAUACGAUGAGGAGGAUGAAGGGGAUGAAUACACGUAUCAGGAAGCGGAACGUGAUGAAUUUGAAGACGACGAUUUUUUGAAUUUCCGAGAUGAAGAGGAAGAUGGUCGACAUGCUGGUCGUCGGCGUUCUACACGGACAGCUGUUCUCAACGCCAACGGAAAACGGGAAGCGCAGGAAGAUCCAUGGUCUUCAUGGCGUGGGGAAAGGAGGUCGACUCGCCUCGGAGCCCCUCCAGAAACCCAGCUCGAUAUUGAGCCACCAAGUAAACGUGCCCGGACAGAAGACAGUGCCGUGUCUACGGGUUCAGGUGAUGGCGGCUCUACGACAUCGCACGGUGUCACAAACGGCAAUGGAAAGCUGCAAAGCUCGGUUGUCGCUGCCCUUCGACCAAAUGAGGUGGCGUUGGAACAAAUUGCUGGCAAAAAACGGUCGAAAUUCUGGGUAUAUGCCGUUGAACCUGGUACAGAACCGGAGGCAGCGCAAGCACCAGAGCCAUCUGAAAACGGAGCAUUGUCUAUGGAUGGAGGCGAAUCUGUGAAUGGACAGGAAUCGGAUAUGCAAGUCGAUGGGGAGUCGACGAAUGGGAGAGGAGGGUCAUAA